AUGACUAGAGUGGACGAAUAUUCUCAACUUCUUUUUUCAGAGGACAGUGAAUCAGAGGGGUCACUUGAUCUAGACGCAACACAACCCCCGACACAGCCUCCGACAACAAGCUCCACUUCAACAUCUCCAUCAACCCUAAGCCCAGGGCCAAGCACAGUGCCUGUUGGAAAGCCAAGGAAAAGACAAAUAAAUCAUUUUUUGGCUACUGAAAACCCAUCAACACCUGAUUUUGACCCCGACGUUGAAAGUUCACAAAGUCUACUUAAAAGAAGAAAAACAACAACAAAAGGUACCAUAAUUUUUCCCCCAGCAGAGUGAGAAACAUCCCUAGUUUUCUUCAUAAUUUUGGAAAAACUUGAUUGUAGGGAGAAGAUUCAAGUUCCAUGGACCGAUAUUUGUGUAGGAUUUAUUGACUGUAUUUUUCUCAAUGAGGAUCAUUAGAAAUCAUAAAUAAAUCAUUUGUAGACUGUUAAUUCAUAUUUUAGUAGUUGUUUGUUUGAACUAAGAACCUAAUGGAGAAAUCCUGAAAUUUUGAGGAGGAAACAGCGAAAAAUAAAAAAGAUAUAGACCUGGGUUACUUUUUCUUCCGUUUCUAAAUCAGGCCUCAAAUUUUAAAUGAAUUUAUCGAAUGUUCACAAACCCAUAACUUUCUCAUUUUUGAAGGUAUUAAGCUCAAAUAAACUGCAAUAUGUUUCAUUUGACCAACUAAUAA